AUGCCUGUCGAAGGAGUCUACUUUACGCCCGAUGGCAAAAAGACAUUCAUCCCUCUCGAAAACAACCCGGAAGUAUUCACCACGCUAAUCCACGACCUGGGCAUCUCCCCAAAGGUGGGUUUCUACGAUGUCUACAGUCUUGACGAACCUGCCCUUUUAGACCUCGUGCCCCGCCCGGCCCUCGCACUCAUUUUCAUCACCCCGUCGCCAAUGUACUACCAAGUCCGCGCCGAAGAGGGGACCCGCACGGCCAAGGAGCACGGCAUCACAUACAGCGGCUCCGGCGCCGACGAACCCGUCUUGUGGUUCCGCCAGACACUCGGGAACGCGUGUGGGCUGUAUGCUCUAAUUCAUGCCGUGGCCAAUGGCGGAAAUCGCAGAUUUAUUGAGGAGGGUUCGCUGAUGGAUCGUCUCAUUAAAGAAGCGGAGCCGCUGGCCUGGGAGCCUAGGGCGGAUGUGCUGUACAAGAGCGACGAGCUGGAGGAGGCGCAUAUGAAGGCUGCCAGACGGGGAGACACGGCGCCGCCUCUCGAUGAACACCCCGGUUAUCAUUUCAUUGCGUAUGUCAAGGGCAAGGAUGGGCAUUUGUGGGAGUUGGAGGGUGAUUCGGAUGGUCCCGUCGAUCGGGGAUUGUUGGAUGACGGGGAUGAUAUGCUUAGUGAGAAGGCACUUGACAGUGGCAUAAAGAGGUUCUUAAAGUUUGCGGAUGGGAAUUUGGAGUUUAGCAUUGUUGCUAUGGCUGAGAAUGCGGAUUAA